AUGAUUAAAUAAGAAGGCUACAGGAGUAAUAGUUAUAAUGCGUUAGAAGAGCGCUAACGAUCAAAUUCGCAAUAGGCUAUAUCAAAAUCUAACAAUACAUAUACCGAAAUUUAUGUUUGGGGAAAUGAUAAAUAUGGAUAGUUAGGAUUAGGUCAUAAAUAUACUGGAAAGAAUUAUUUAGUUCCAAAAAUAUGUUCAUAUAAUUUAGUUAUUAAGCAAAUAUCAUGUGGAGAAGAGCAUACUGCAUUUGUUACAAUUAGGGGUCAUAUUUAUACUAUAGGCAGUAAUUUAAAAGGUAGAUUAGGUAUUGAUAAUAAGCAAAUAACUUAAAGCUCUUCUCCUUGUCUAGUAGAAGAUUUAUAAAAACUAGUUUGUUGUAAAAUUGCAUGUGGCUCUAACCACACUGUAGCUGUUAUGGAAAAUGGUGAAGCUUAUUCAUGGGGUAAUGGUGAUUUGGGUGUUUUAGGAAUCGGUUCUUAAGAACAUACCUGGGCACCAGUUAAGGUUUUAGGAUAAAAACAAAAAUAUAUUGAUGUAAGUUGUGGUGCUAGACAUACGAUGUUAUUGAAUUAAUAUGGAGAAGUAUUUGCAUGUGGUUCAAACGAAGAAGGCUAAUUAUGUUUGCCUAACUCAUCAGGUGAGCUCUAUCCUUCUAAGGUUAGAAUUGAAAAAGCAAUUGAAGCUGUUUGUGGACAUUAUUUUACUUUGAUUUUAACCUAACUAGGAGAAAUUUAUUCUUGUGGAGCAAACAAUUUUGGGUAGUUAGGAAUAGGGCAUAAAACUUCUACAAAGGAGCUCUAAAAAGUGUAAAAUUUAGAAGAUUAAACUAUAAUUAAAGUUGCUGCAGGUCAUCAUUCUGCAGCUUUAAACAGAAGAGGAGAGCUAUUUAUUUGGGGUACAGGUGUAUUUGGAGAUUAUCCUUUUCCAACUAAGUUUUGUAAGAUAGAUUCACCUUUUAAUGACAUAUCCGUGGGUGGUUUCUCAGGAAGUUCUGUAGAUGCAAACGGAGUAGUUUGGACAUGGGGAUCUAAUUAGAAUGGAGAAUUGGGAGUUGGCGACCAAGAACCAAGAUUAAACCCAUUUCCUGUUGCUGCUUUAAAAGGAAGAAAAGUAAUUAAAGUAGCUUGUGGAAUAAAUUACAUGGUAGCACUGAGUGCUCCAAAAUCAAAAGAUUUACAAAAACAAAAGCACCAAAGUAGCGCACAUCAUUCCUCAUAGGGCUUAGGGGAAGAUGGAAAGAGAAAGGAGACUUUAGGUUUACAUGUUGAAAGCACAUUCAUUGAAAAUCCAGUUUCUAAUCAAUUGCAACAAUAAUAACCUAUGAAGCAAAGUAGAGUAGAAGAAAGAAUUUAAAGAUAAAAUCUCUCUCUAGAUUAUGAAAAUAAUUCCAGGUCUCCACUAAAUCUGAGUAGAUAUGAGAAAAAUAUAGAUAAAAAUGAAGAUAAACAAUAUUUCACAAAUUCAAGGAACUAAAUUAUAAGCCCAGUGCCUGCAUAACAGCACUAAUAAUCACAUAAUUCAAGUUAAUACAAUACAAUUAACUAAAGUUAGAUGAAUAAUAAUCAUCAAAGAUCACAUUCUGAUUACGCUCCAAUAGAUAAUGAAAAGAGAUCACUCUCUCCUAUUUCUACUACAUCAAAACAUAUCAAAAGUGUCAAUAAUAAUGAUUAGCUUCGAGAUAUUAUAAAAGGUGAACACUCAUCUAUCACAGAAAGCUACAAAGUAAAUGAUAAUUUUAAAUCUAUUAAUGAAAACUAUAAAUCUAUAAAUAAUGAUAACUACAAUGAUAAUAACAGAUCAAUAAGUGAUAAAUAUAAAUCAAUUAAUGAUAACUAUAAACAAUCAAAUAAUGAUAAUUAUAAAUAACCUUUAAAUGAUAAUUAUAAAUCUUAGUAACCAAACAAUUAAUCUUAUUAUGCAUCCAGUUAAUAUUCUACAAUAAAUCCUUCCUACUCAAGAAUGUCAAAAGAAAAUGAAAAUAAAAAUAACAGCUAUAUCAACUACAAUAAACAUGCUUCCAGUUAAGCUAAUUUAAGCAGCCUAGAUAAUAAUGUAUAGUCAGGCCCAUUAAAACUUUCAAUGCCUCCUAUUUCUAAAUCACCUUCUCUUUCAGCUGAUACUUUUAAUUAUGAAUCUUAAAAGAGAGUAUCAACAGAAAAUUAUGGUUCCAGAAAAACGCCAACAUAUAAUCACCCAAAUAAUUUUUCAAACAGGUAAAGCAAAAUACCUCCUUUACCAGGAUCAUAGAAUAAUUAUAAUCCUGAAAAGUAAUUGCAUGAUAUUGAAAAUAAUAUUUUGCAAAGUAAAUAUAAUUAUUUGGAAGAAACUCUAAGAAAUGAAAGAAAAGAAAAGCUUAAUUUAGAGUAAAAUUUGAUAGAGCUAAGAAGACAAUUAAAAGAAAUUUAGUAUGGAAAAGGGGGAUUAAAUGAUUUGUCAAUUCUCUUAAAUGAGGAAAUGCUUAAAUUUGACUAAUUAAAAAAAAAUCAUGAUGAGCUUUAUAAAAGAAAUAUUGAAAAUGAGUAGAAAAUAAUCGAGUUAAAUAGCUAAUUGGAAUACUUUAACCAAAUUAAAGAGAGCCAAGAUAAAAAUGUAUAAAUGGCUAAAGAAGAUGUUAAGGAAAAAGUUAACUAACUGCAAAUGUUUACUUCCUAAAUUCAAAAACUUGAAAAAAUGAUUACAGAAAAGCAAGAUAUUAUUGAUAAAUUGCAAAUUAAUUUAGAGACUUAAAAUGAGAAAUUUAAGUUAGAAUAAAAAAGAACAAAUGAAGUUGUAAAUUAGUUGAACUAGUAGUGCUAGGAGUUCAGAGACAAUUACCAAUUCUUAGAAGAUCGCCUAACAAGUUAUUAAGAGAACUUAAAAAUAUUAGAAGAUGUGAAGUUUGAUUUGGAAAAGAAGAAUUAAAUAAAUCAGUAAGAAAUAAAAGAAAAAGAUAAUUAAUUGAUAUAAGAGAUCUAACAAAAAUAGAAAUUUGAAUAGUUUUACUAUGCUGAGCUAAAAUAAAAUGAAGAAAUAAAUUUGGAAAACAAAUCACUGAGAGAAUAGUUGCAAAGUUACAAGAUUAAACUUCAGUAAUCUUAAGAUAAUGAACAAAGAUUUAUGAACUAGAUCUAAGAUUUAUAAGAAGAUAACAAAUAAUUGAAGGAAGAAAUACCUAAAAUAGAUGAGCUCCAUAGAGAAGUCAGAAAUAAGGAUGAGUAUAUAGAAGAAUUGGAAAGUAAAAGCAAUGCCUUGAAAGCUUAAGUGAAAGAAUUAGAAGAAAAGAAUAUUAAGCUAGGAGAGUUACUGAAUGCAGAGGUUGAUAGAUAGGCUGAAUAGUAUAAAUAGAGGACCUUAAAAAAUUUAUAUCACAAUGCAGAAUAACUUUAUGAGUUAUUCAAUUAGAAUAAUUACAAUGAUGAAAAUUACAAUAAUAACGUUUCAAAUAUAAAUAUCAAACAUAAUUAAGAAGAAGAAGAUUUUGAUAAUAAUCACAUUAUUCACAAUCAAACUUUUGAUUCUGUUGAAAAUCCUACUGAUAAAAAACCUUUAAAUAAACCUUCCUUGAAUACAUCAGGAUACCAUCAAAAGCCAGCCAGAGUUUUAUAAAAUAAUGCAUAAGAUAGUCUAGCUUAGAGCACAAAUAGAAACAUAGCCUUAACCCCAAAUGAGUCUCCUAAAAGAUUUAAAUAAAAUAUUUCAGAUAAUUAAUCCUUUACUUUAAAUAAUAAAUCUGACAUAGUAAGAAGUAAAUUGAAAUCGAAAAUAGAAGAGUAAAAAAGAAAAAUAAGCUCUUCUGCUAAGAAGUUGCUCGAUAUAUUGGAUAAUUCUCAUGACAACAAUAGCAAUAUCUAUAACAGCAAUUUAGCAAAUUCUUAAAUUAAUUAAAAUAAUGAAAUAAAAUAAUAAGACGAAUUAUUAAAAUAAUAUUACAACCAAAGGAGAGCACAUGAAGAAGAAAUUGAUCAGCCAUUAAAAAGAAGUGCUUAUGGUUUCAAUUCUAAUAUAUAAUAAUAAUAAUAAAAAUUAGAUUAAGAUAAAUUAAAUUUUAGUUAAAAUAACAAUAAAUAAUAACAAAAAUAGUAAGAAAAUAAAAAUACACCAAACUAAUCAAAUAAUGUUUCUUUAACAUAUUCUCCAGUGAGAUCAAAAGUAAAACCAAAUUUAGAUAAUAGUAGUAUGUAUUUAUCUAACUUAUAAAACCAACAAAUCCAAGAAAAAAAUAAAUUAGAAAAAAGUAGAGUAGAAUAAGAUUAAAAAAUGAAAGAUUUAGCUGAUGUUAAAGAAAGAUUGGCUUACAUGAAAAGAGCAAAGGAUUAAUUAGAAUCUAAGCUAAACGAAGUGGAUAAUAAACUUAAUAAAUAUUAAGAUUAUAAUAAAAAGUGA